UUUCUGCAGACUCUGGGAGAUGUGCUGCCGGAAGACGCCGCCCUUCAGCUGGCCCAGCGAAUACGGGCGGAGGAGGAGGAAGCGAGACAUGCCGACACGUGCGGCGGCGCCAACAACCAAGCCUCUUUGAAUGUCUUAUUUCGAGUUUACUACCACGUAGUUCACAAAUAUGAGUUGGAGGAUAUCCACUUUGGGGAUCUGCCUCAACGGCUCACCUACGACCAGCCCAGUGCGUUCCUUAUGCUCCAAUCUGUGCUUCUUACUGACCACUGGAAGCAGUUGGAUCCAAUACUGCUAGAGGACAAGUGCAUCAGUGCCGUACUUGCAGCUCUCAAGAGAAAUAGUCCCAGUCUUUUACCCAUUUUGAAGGCCACUAACUUGCUGGUGAAAAAGUUUCCAAGAUUGGAGCUGCUCCGUCUGCGCCUGGAGCAUUUUUACCGCUGCCUGCAGCGCCAGAGCCAAACAGGAUCUCGGGAAGAGACUCUUACCUUGUACAACCACUGCUGCAAACAGACGGGACGAGCCUUUUCCUACUUUCGGUUAAUCGUGGAAUUCUGGCCGUGGACAAAUCGAAAUAAGUACUAUCUUUUAAGCGGAAUAUUGAACUCGCAUCCGUUGUCGGAACUUCUGGCUACCACCAACCAAAGCGAAGAAGACUUCUUCAAUGGACUCCGCUUGAGUUUAAGCUACAAGGGACUGCGUGCCGCGAGUCAGUAUCCAAUAAAGAGCCUCAGCAACCAACGGUCGCCGGCGCUGCUGGCUGCGAGUGUGGAGUUGUUGGUCAGUGGAAACAUCGCUGAGAUUCAAAACUUCCAUUCCCAGUGGUUUCUUCGCAUACAGCAGCGAGAAGUGCUGUUUGAACUUUUGCAAGCCAAUCCGUACAUUGUGGAAUUCCUGGGCAGUGUCGAGGACCUCAAAUCCGCAGGAGAGCAACUGCGCCUGAUUUUGAUUUUUAGCAUGUUCGCCAAGGAGAUAUACGCCGCGUCAAGACUACAUUUUUUCACGAUUAGCACGGAACUGCUUACCAAUUGCAUUCAUCUGGAGUUGGAUGCCCAGCUCCUAGUGUUUCGCUUCCUGGUGGACAAUUUGAGCAAUUUUGCGGUGGAGGACUGCCUGGAAUUCUUCCACAGCUUCAUUGACCGCCAUCGAACAGUGGAGAGCGCGGAGUUCCGGAACACCAUGCUGGGAAAAAUCCCAACAAUAAUUAACCACACAGCUAAGCAUUUCCACAAAGUCUUAAAAUCGGACAUCGGCGUGGGAGGUGAUGCUCUGGCCCACAAUAUCAAGAGAUUUUUCAUGCAUCUACAGGAGAUCAUCGAACGAGAUAUCGGCCACGAUGUCUAUCAGCCAAAUAUCUUUGCUCUGAAGCUGCUGGAGGUCCUAAACAAAUCCUUGUAUGCCGAUCAAGUAGUUAAGAACGCCAAGAUGUGCAGUACUCAGCAGAAUCAGCAGAUGGGGAAAUUUCUGAUGGAUCAGGGAGUCUUCAGACCUCAAAUAGUAGCUAAGAAGCUUUUCGAAUCUUUAAAUAAUCCACAAGGCUUCGAUGAUGCCCUUGAGCUGACGGUAGUUCUGUUGAUUCAGCUAAACUACUUGGAUGAGGAAAAGAGCUUGGAUCGUUGCUUCGAACUUUGCGACAGCUCGGAUGUGGACGAGUGUUCGUUGGUUUCGCAGUACGCCAAGUUAGCUUUUGCCAAGGAGCCACCCAAAGAAAAGGUUUUUCAAGAUUGCCUCGAUCGUUUGACGCUCAAAAUUGAUUCCUAUCUGGAGGAUCCUCUAAGCACUGCCAAGCUCGGCGGUCAUCUCUUUGGCUAUCUUUGUGUUCUUGAUGAGGUUAUAAAAUCGAAAGGACCGGCCGCUCAACCUCUUGAGGAUUUGUUGCCAAUUCUAGAUCGCAUUCUUAAGGGCGUUCUUCACCUCCUUAAUUUGGCCAACACGAGGCGCAAGGCGGAGGCAACUACGGCCGCCAGUUUCCAGGACAUGGAUGAGAGUCUUCAGCUGCUGGUAAGCGAGAGCUCAUUCAAGUCUGGAGACGGCGAUGAGGCCUGUAGGAAGUAUUUGCUCAUGAGCUUUUGGCUAACUUUAAAGGGUUGUUGUGAUGUGGCCACGACCAUUGGUUGCUCUUUACUGGAAACCUUCAAAAAAGAAGUAAACUGUGAGGCAUUGAGCCGCAGUCUGGAUAUCAAUGUCUCAGUUCUGACCCUUUGCCGUCAUAAAGGAGCUAUUGAAGCUGCCGGUUUGAGCAUUGGAAGACUUACCCGCAGCAUUACUAGCAUCCUAGAUAGCUCGGACGCUGGUUUUCAGUUGUUGCACGAUUGUCUGGAACGAGAGCUGCUGUCCGAUAGUCGCCAGGUCAGCACCACGCGUCGAGGAGCCGGUUUCUCCAUCAUGUUCUUGCACGUGCUGAAGAACGACAAUCCGCAACAUCGGUUGGUUCUUCACAAAGCCGUUCAACAGAUUCUUAAGAGGCUAAAUAGUUUAACUGAGGCGACUCCAACGGAUAGCAACCAUGAUCGGUGGGAAUCGUUGGCACUGCAUUAUCUGUGUGUUCUUGUACGUGACACGGAAUUAAGGCCAUCCAUGUGCAAGUACUACAACGAGAUCCUGCUUGUGGCUAUGGAGCACAUCCAUAAUCCUGAAUGGACCAUCUCGAAUGCGGCGCUUCAGUUGUUUGGCGCAAGUCUUGGGAAGAUAGUGGGACAGCGUCAGGCAACAGAGUUUGAGACGCGUCCGGCUUGGGAACCCAGUGAACUCGAUUACGACGAGCUGGGCUGCCUUCUGCCCAAAGCUUGUGAGCACAUAUUAGAGUGCUGCGAUCGGCAGGAAGUGACCUCCUCCAUAAUACUCUUUCUUGCCUUUCUAUCCAAGGUGGAGCACUUACGCACUUCCAACGAUAAGGUGCCGAAUCCUCUUCUACUCCGUUUUCGUCACCUUAGCUGGCGGCUGUUGCGGCACAAGUGCGAGCAGGUUCGUCAAUUAGCGGCCACCUGUUUUGUGCGGUCCCACGAGUUCCGUUGUGAUCUUCCAGCGGUACUGCUCUCCAGUGCUAAGUUAGCAGCUCGUCUGAACGAUGAGAACUUCUACGAGGGACUCAUUUAUGCUCUCACUGCUGGUGUAUGGAAACUUCAGUAUGAAGCACGGCAUGUGUGGAGUCAGGAACGCUUGGAGAGGUUUUUUGAAGAAUUGCUUAUACUAUUGGACGUCACCGACAAGGUUCAGCGCUUUAAACCGUACACGCGUAACGUUCUUCUGGAAUUACUGAGGCUGUUAGGAAACGCAGAUAAAGUGACUUUGGUGGAAAAUCUAAGAUAAGUUAAUUGUAUCUAAUCCGUAAUCUAGAUUAAGCAAAAAGUUUUCUUUCUCGGUCAACGCUUUUAUAACUACUCAAAUUACGCAUUUAAUAUUUGUACGUAGUAAACAAAAUGAAAUGAAUUACCAAACACA